UUCUGUACGAUUUUCUUUCGAAUAAGCUCGAUCCAUUAUUUUUAUUUUUGUUUAUAUUUUGGGCUAUCAUACUCGGACAAUGUCACGGAAGAUGUAAUUUUUGCUAUUAACGGACAAUAUUUAUGACAUUGGUGAUAUCAGUAUCAUAAGGUACUGAUACUCGCCCGGAUUUAUCAUUAAUACACCUUGCUUCUAGGGCAAAUAUAAAGUUUCGGGAAUUUUCAUAUAUACUAGAUUAAAGUGUGCAUAUGUGUUGUGUAUGGGACUAUAUAUAUAGAGACAUAUACACACACAUAUAUACAUAGGCAUUAAAAUAUUACACCAAUUAUUUUAUAUUCUUGUACAGACAGCGAUCUUGUACAGACAGUGAUAUGAUAACGAACUUGUAAUGAUGUCUGGAGUGAGAAUUGGAGUGGUGUUCCUCACAUUAUCGAUCUACGCCGCUCCGAUAUUCUCAUCUGAGUUUAAUACACCUCUUGGACCGAAUUUAUGCUACUUUGAACCACUCAUACGGAAUUUACUGUCCGCAGUACAACCUAAUUAUUAUAGUAUCUUUUUGACAACAGGAGAGUUGUCUUUCCAAGGGAAAGUCCGUAUAUUAUUCGAAUUAAUUCGUGAAACGUACUCAUUAAUUUUCCAUGCCAAGUACUUGGAAAUAGUGAAUAAUUCGGUAAUACUCUGGCAACAUGACCGAACACUCAGAGAUAUAGAUCAGCCUAUAGGUAUUUAUUAUUGUAAUGAGACAAGCACUGUAAUUGUGAAGUUCAAGGAGAUUCUCUGUCCCGGUACUUAUAACAUAAUCAUGUCGUACAGAGGCUUCACUAACAAAACAAAAGCUUUCUAUCAGAUUAAAGAGGAAAAAAGAGAAAGCAAUGAAACCUGGUCAUAUGUGAUGCUGUUAGAACCGGAGAGCGCGCGAUAUGUGUUUCCAUGUCGGGACGAAUUAACCUACAAGGCUACAUUUUAUAUCAUCAUCCAACAUUUGCCUAUCUACCAUGUCUACUCCAAUAUGCAAAAACGAGGUGUUAUACGGAUAAAUAAAACCACAUCAAGGACGGCUUUCCUACCUACACCUGUAAUGCGCAUCAAUCUACUGAGAAUCGCUCUUAUCAAAUUUAAUAAGUUACUUUUAUUAAAAAAUGAUGUAUGGUAUGGACAAGAAGGCACUAAUGAAACGGACCCAGUUAUAAAGAAUAUCACUAACGUAAUCAAUGAUUUCUUAUGGCUAUAUAUGCAGAAGCGUUUAGAAACUUCGAUAAUCGUGGUUUUCUCCGAUCUCCCGAGCAAUACAGCAGGAGCCAGGCAACUCAUAUUUUUAAGAGAGAGUGAUCUCGUCUACAAAAAUGAUAUACAUUAUCCUGGUCGUAUAAUUGAUAUAUGGAAGACGAUAGCGUAUAGAAAAGCAGAACAAUACAUCCAAAACUUCAUCCAUCCAAAUCAUUGGUCUCAUACGUGGUUCCACAAGGCACUAGCGUUAUAUCUCAGUUACAAUAUCCUCGGACAGGGUUUUGAUAAGGAACGGAUGAUGCAACUUUUUGUAGUGCAGGUUCAACUACCCGCUAUGCACAACGAUAUUGUUCUCAAAGUGCCAUCCAUCCUACGUACAGAUGACCCAAUUUAUUCAACUCUCAUUUAUAAGAAAGCAUCCGUUUUAUUAAGAAUGUUAGAACAUAUUGUUUCAAAAGAGAAGUUCCAUAUUGCCGUCGUCGAAUAUUUAAAUACAUAUAAAUAUCGAAUCAGUAAACCAAACAAAUUCUUUAGUAUCCUAAGUAAAUUGAAUGAAAUGCCUGAAAACGUGAUAACAGACAUAAUGUCUAUCUGGCUGUCGCGAAGGUACUAUCCUGUAUUGGUAGCUAGGCAAUAUAACAAAACGUAUCACAUUAUAUGUAAUGAAAUAAAAAGAGACCACAAUGAUUCAAUUAUACGGCCAAUUCCGGUGACUUAUACUACGAAAAAGGAUCCUCAUUUCGACCAGUAUGGUCUUAUACAUUGGCUAAAUAACAAUUAUACAGAAUGGAACUCCUAUCUAGAAUUAACUUUGGACAAUGUAGAAGAAUGGGUUAUAUUGAAUGUACAAUAUUUUGGUUACUACCGUGUUCGUUACGAUAAUACAAAUUGGUUGAAAAUUGCAUAUUUCUUGAAAGAGGACAAUGGGAAGACCAUAUCUGUUUUGAAUCGCGCUCAACUCAUCGAUGAUGCGUAUCAUUUUGUAAUGAUGGGUACAAUGGAUUACAAGUUUUAUUAUGAGUUAAUUGAUUUCUUGAGAAACGAAACUGAUUUUAUAGUAUGGCACUCUAUGAUGAACGUGUUACAUUAUAUGUCGCCUUUCUUUAAAUUUCCAGAGAGUGAAGGUUUCAAGAACUUCAUAAUAGACAUCAUGAAUGAUGCAUUGACGCAGAUAGGAUAUGAUGAAAAACCAACUGAUGAUAACAUGUUGAAAAGUACGCGAUUGUUACUCCUCAAUUGGAUGUGUAAUCACGGCAAUGACAAAUGCAGGCAGUCAGCCAGUGAUAAAUUAAAAGCAUACCUUAAAAAUGCCAACGAAUUACUAAUCUUACCGGGUUGGAGGAAUUGGGUAUUUUGUGCGGGGCUUAUGAAGCCAGAUUAUGAGGUUAGGACGUUGGUGAAGCAUAAAAUUUUGCACGAGAUGGGUGAAAAUAUAGUCCAAUAUAUGACCUGUUACGACGACGAUGAUUCGAUACAAGAGUUGUUAACUUCGGUUAUGUUUAAGUCUAGCGAUAACAUUUUCCCAAUGGCGACGCCAUUGAACGAUGUGCAAAAGAAAUAUUUAUAUCGUAUCAUUGUGAAGAAGCAUGCAAGAAAGUCUAAAGUAUUAGAUUCUAUCUUGAAAGAUAUGAUUCAUCUAUUGCCAGGUAGUAUGAGCCUUCUCGAGAAAUUAGGUCACGUUAUUAUGAGCGUGCAUUCAAGGUGCCAAAUGCACAAGAUUGCAGAAUACAUAAACUAUAAUAUCAACUUGGAUAAGUCGAUCUAUGAAGCUGAACGUAUAUUAGUAAGACGAAUGUCUCAAAUAUCUAAGGAAAAGGAUAUGUUCGUGCAUCAUUUUCCCUACAAUGUGAAAAAUACGGAAUGCUAACUAAUUAUGUAAAAAUAAUUAUUAUAUUGUGUCCCA